UCAACCUUGCGCGUGCGCAGUGACAACACUUGAGGCCCUGACGUCGCCUUCCUCCAGGGCGGCCUGCGUUUCGUAUUCACGCGUGAGAGCAGGAAGUCUCGCGGGAGCUGAUUCAACACGGAGGGAGGGAGAAGAGGGCCGCGCUUCGGGACUCGAGCCGGGAAGGAUCGUCGCUGCAGCCAUGACCUCCGCGCUGGAGAACUACAUUAACCUCUCAGGUACUGUUGCUGUAAUUACUUCAGAUGGCCGGAUGAUUGUGGGGACUCUCAAAGGCUUUGAUCAGACCAUCAACUUAAUUUUGGAUGAAAGUCAUGAAAGAGUGUUCAGUUCUUCACAAGGAGUGGAACAAGUAGUAUUAGGAUUGUACAUUGUAAGAGGCGAUAAUGUUGCUGUAAUUGGAGAAAUUGAUGAAGAGACAGAUUCAGCACUGGACUUAGGGAAUAUUCGAGCAGAACCUUUGAACUCUGUUGUACAUUGACAAGCGUAUAAAAGGACUUUUGGCUGUAAAAAACUAUUUAUAGAAUGACAUGGCUACAUUUUUUAUACAAGUUCUAACAACCUGGAUAGUUAAUCCUUUUUAAUUUUGAAUGUUAUGGUUUGAUAUGUAUAUUAAAGCCUACAUUUUAUUAAAGA